AGAAAAUUGUGUUAACAUUUUAUAGUUAACAAUAUAUUUAAACAUUUAUAAUAGAAAAAGAUGGAUCCAUUAUUUCAAUUACCUACCAGGUUCCUCACUGAUGAACAUGAUAUAAUAUAACAAGCAUUCUCAACAAUCUCCACCAUGGCAGAAGGAAUCAUCAUUUUUGGUCUCUGGUACAUUGUGUUAGCAUACAACUAUUAUAUGGAUUCUGCUGAAGACAAUACAUUAAACACGGAAGAGAAGAACGCCUCAUUUUCACGCAUUCAAACACUUAAUGCUCCUGCAGAUGAUGACGAAGUCAUCGAAAAAUGUUUCUUUGAUAAUGCUGUUGAACUUAUUGAAGCUACUGUAAAGAAGUUAAUAGAUGAACCGGAAGAAGCUGAGCCGAUUGUUGAAACCAUUGUAGAACCCACAACUAUGAGGGAAGAAGAUGAUUCUGUCGGGGAGUUUAUGCAUGAGGAAAUCGAUGAAGAAUAAAUUAGAAAGCCCUGACAAAACUGAGACUUACUAAUGACACAUAAACUUAAAAACAUACCGCGUUGUCUUAGCGUAAUCUCUAGACGAGAUGAGAUUCCUUUGUCAUUAUCAUCGCAUAGAUUUAAACCUCAA